AUGCCGCAUUUUCGAAUUGAAACAAAUGUUCCCAGAAGUAAAAUACCAGAAGAUUUCUUAAUAAAAGCUGCACCCGUUCUGGCAAAAGCUCUUGGUAAACCUGAACAGUAUUGCGUGGUGUCUGUUAUUCCUGAUGUGCCAAUGAGUUUUGGUGGCAGUACAGAUCCUUGCGCUAUUGCAAACCUUAUGUCUAUUGGAGCCCUUGGUGUAGAACAAAACAAGAAGCAUGCUAAAGUUCUAUUUGAGCUCGUUGAUAAGGAGUUAGGAGUGCCUCAAGAUAGGAUGUAUAUCACAUUCCAAGACGAGCCAACGGGCAAUGUUGGAUUCAAAGGCACUACUUUCCAUGGUAUAUUUGGAUAA